CCCCGUUUUGUAACUUUCAGGGCUGGGGUGUAGGAAUAAAGCCCGGUGCUGGGACCAAGAAGGAGUGAGUACUUAACAGCGGCUGGGCAGCUCUCUGGAGGACUUCCCGCCAGCGCCAGGCUGCCAGGCCAAGUGGGGAGCGGACAAGCAAGUGGGCAGGUGGCCCCGGGCCGCCGUGCCCGCGCCUUGGCUCUGCCCCCCUGGAGCCUAGUGAGCCUCUGCUCCCUCGUGGUGCGAGGGCGGUGAUGUUUUUCCUCCCACCCACUUUUGAGUCCCCCCUCCCCCCUCGCGCGCACACAAGCUCUCGCCACAACCUGCAAGCCCCAGACCUCGGAGGAGCGCCCCAGGGAACUCAGAGCGUGUGCAAGCGUGGCAGAAGGAGGAGGCCAGUGCCCAGGUUUAUUCCAUCACUCCUCGGAGUCUCUGAAUUACAUUUUGCAGUAGGUCAAAGAAGAAGAAAGUGGAAAAUGGGAGGCAUGAAAUAUAUAGUCUCCUUGGUUUUGUUCUUUUUUCUCCUAGAAGGAAGCAAAACAGAGCAAGUAAAACAUUCAGAGACAUAUUGUGUGUUUCAAGACAAGAAGUAUAGAGUGGGUGAGAAAUGGCAUCCCUACUUGGAACCUUAUGGACUGGUUUACUGUGUGAACUGCAUCUGCACAGAGAAUGGGAAUGUGCUUUGCAGCCGAGUCAGAUGUCCAAGCCUUCAUUGCCUCUCACCCGUGCAUAUUCCUCAUCUAUGUUGCCCCCGUUGCCCAGAAGAUUCCUUACCUCCAGUGAACAAUAAGGUGACCAGCAAGUCAUGUGAGUACAAUGGAACCACUUACCAACAUGGAGAACUGUUUAUGGCUGAAGGACUCUUUCAGAACCGGCAACCCAAUCAGUGCACCCAGUGUAGCUGCUCGGAGGGGAAUGUGUACUGUGGUCUCAAGACUUGCCCUAAACUGACCUGUGCCUUCCCAGUCUCUGUUCCAGAUUCUUGCUGCCGAGUAUGCAGAGGGGAUGGAGAAUUGUCAUGGGAACAUUCUGAUGGUGAUAUCUUCCGGCAACCUGCCAACAGAGAAGCAAGACAUUCUUACCUCCGUUCUCCCUAUGAUCCUCCACCAAGCAGACAAGCUGGAGGUUCUCCUCGCUUUCCUGGGGGGAGAAGUCACCGGGGAGCUCUUAUGGAUUCCCAGCAAGCAUCAGGAACCAUCGUACAGAUUGUCAUCAAUAACAAGCACAAACAUGGACAAGUGUGUGUUUCCAAUGGAAAGACCUAUUCUCACGGAGAGUCCUGGCACCCAAAUCUACGGGCAUUUGGCAUCGUGGAAUGUGUGCUAUGCACUUGUAAUGUCACCAAGCAAGAAUGUAAGAAAAUCCACUGCCCCAAUCGAUACCCCUGCAAGUAUCCUCAAAAAAUAGAUGGAAAGUGCUGCAAGGUGUGUCCAGGUAAAAAGGCAAAAGAAGAAGCUCCAAGCCAAAACUUUGACAGCAAAGGUUACUUUUGUGGAGAAGAAACCAUGCCUGUUUAUGAGUCUGUGUUCAUGGAGGAUGGAGAGACUACAAGAAAAAUAGCACUGGAGACCGAGAGACCACCUCAAGUAGAGGUUCACGUUUGGACCAUUCGAAAAGGCAUUCUCCAGCACUUCCACAUUGAGAAGAUCUCUAAGAGGAUGUUUGGGGAGCUCCAUCAUUUCAAGCUGGUGACUCGGACCACCUUGAACCAGUGGAAGAUCUUCACUGAAGGAGAAACUCGGCUCAGCCAGAUGUGUUCAACUCGGGUGUGCAGAACAGAACUGGAAGAUUUGGUCCAGGUUUUAUACCUGGAGAGACCUGAAAAGGGCCACUGUUAGACAAAACAGCUAGGAUUGCAUAGCGUCAAUCAAGGAAACCCAAGCUGCAGCUGGACUGCCGGCUUACUUUGCUUAAGUCAACAUCGCUCUAAAACCCCAAAGUCAGACGCAGUCAAAUUAUCCACGCCAGCCACAACACACCUUGUUCCCCUAUGUGCAGCCGUGUGCCAGCCCUCAAACCUCUCCUCUAAAGAGAAUCAAGGUGUCUGUAAUGGUUUCUGGAAGGAGAAGUGAUAGAAUAUCCUGGUGCAGCUUUAGUUUCUCUGAGAAUCACUAAAGUUACUUACAUGAAAGAAAGAGAAAGAAAUUGUUCCAUUUAAGUUGGGUCACAUAGAGCAAUCACUUGUAUGAAAUGCUUUUUUGAAUGCUCAAGUGUCUUCCAUUCUAAAAAAAAAAACCUUAUUCAGUGGGUGGGUGGAAAUACAAGUCAGUCAGUUGUAGAGCACCUGCCUAGCAUAUUUGGAGCCUUGGGUUCUACUCUCAGUACCAAAAAGAAAAUUCCAUCCUCAUUUCUCAUAUACAUACACACAAGCAGACACACAACUUGCACAUGAAACGGCCCCUGUUUCUGACUCCUAAAUACUGUUGGGGUUGUUGGCACCCAGGAAAACAAAUUCAAAAUGUAUAGAGAAGACUCUGCCCACAAGCCUGUAAGGCAGUUUUGAAAGUCAUCAACCAUAGUGGUAGGUUGAAGAACUACAGUUAAGGGUCUUCACUGUGAAGUGCUAAAUUCAUUUUGGCUAAUGCUACCACUUCUAUUUCUUUACCUGAACCUAUGGAGCCUCCAUUAGGAAGGUAGAAUUUGGUGAAAUUGUCAGAAACUAAAUUCAUACCAAUCUACUCAUAAGUGUAGAAGAACACACCUGAUAAAAAUAAAAUAGCCCAUCUUUUUUGUUGUUGUUUUCACAGCUAUAAAACUCAGUAGUUUAUGAGCCAACUCUCACUGAUUUUCUUGAGGCAAUAGUCACCUAGACAGAUACUAUGGUUUGAAUUAUUCUAAAAGCCUGUUUAAGGGCAGUUCUACGUCUCUGAUUACAGGAGUGGAAAUUUGACUUUCUAAAGAGACCCAGUCCUUUCAAGCUUCUGAGCAUUGGUUCUUCUGUCAAAACAGGAUUACUGUUCAUUCAGGGGGCUGAGAGUCCUGACACAGUUCUUCCUCCUAAACCUUCCUACUAGCCUUGCCUUAUCCACAAGCAUACUUUGCAUCUGGGAUUUUGGACAAGGCUGCUCCUGAGAUGUUUAUUUGAAGCCCAAUGCCACAGCAUAAAUUAUCCUUUCUGAGACUUGGCUUUGGGAGCCAUCCUUGUAGAAAGACUAUAAAUACUUUCCAGCAAGAAGCAUAGGCCUGCUUUCUGGAUCUGAGGAGCAUGCUAAGGAGCAUGAAUGAGCUCAAAUGAGUACUAAGAAAUAUGAGUAUCUAGAAACCCCAUAAGUUCCCACAGUAGGCAAGAGAACAUGAUAGGAAAAUGUGUGAAAGGUCUGGCCUUUGGGGGAACCCAGCAGAGAUGAGGCAGACCCCACAAAAGAGACACCAGGGAGACAAAUUUCUUGCCAGCCAGUCAAACACAUUCUCAGAAGAGGGACACAUGACAUUCUUGGCUGCAAAACUACAAAACAUUAUUGACCAUGUGAUGGGAGCAGUGUCAAUCUGCUGCUGCCUCCCUCUAGGGGAAACAAUAUUUCCAGAUAAGUAACCAGAUCCUGAAGGACAGUGGGGAUUCCCCCGCUAGAUGAUUCACCCCAAAGUUUUCCCACCCAGGUGUUCUCUGAAAGCUUAGCCUCAAGGGAACACUUCAAGAGCUCCCCUAGAUAGACUCCUGCCUCCAGGUGCAGGGACACACCUUUGUAAUGUGCUGUGGGAAGCAGGAACUAGAGAGCUGUGCUAAGUAAAUGUAGAAAUCCUCCAGCAUUUCAAGGUUGGAUAGAGUGUAGGGUAUAGGGGAAAGAGGUCAAACUGCCUGUAGUUAGUAGAGAGGAAUGGAUAUGGUUGUUUUGUGUAUAUUUAUUUGUAUCAUAAACACUUGGGACAGCAAAGACUAUAAACACCACUUUGCAGUUUUACGCAUUUUCUAAUUAGCUCAUGUAAACAAGUAUGAGUAACAUAACAGCAUUACACUUUCACUUUUCUCACAGGACAUGUACCCAAAUAUGGUACUCAUUUAUGUUGUCACUGUGUUUCUGAAUUUUUAAGUUAAUAAAAUUUUAAUUUAAAAAGGUUAUGUACAGGAAAGUAAUAUGAUUGACACUCCAGUCAAGACAGUCAUUCAAUUGGGUCAAAGAUGAUGGAUGGGCCUAGUAGUUUCACAACCACGGUGAUGUUCUUGUCAUACUACUAUUGAGUAGUUAGCACUGUCCUCUUAGCAGUAAGGAUGUCUGAAUUUUUUUUUGGUUUUUCGAGACAGGGUUUCUCUGUAUUGUUUUGGAGGCUAUCGGUCCAGCCCAGCCUCGAACUCACAGAGAUCCGCCUGCCUCUGCCUCCCAAGUGCUGGGAUUAAAGGCGUGCGCCACCACCACCCGGUGGAUGUCUGAAUUCUUAAGACAACUCUGUAAUUGCUGUAUCUGUCAGUCUUUCCAACUAGAAAAUGAGAUAAUGAUGAUACUAUUGUCCUUUGCCUGAAAUCUUGCAGUAAGGUUUAAUGUAGUCAGUACCUAUAAUACACUUAUUCUAGUGGUUUAGUGUCCAUUAAGUAUUCCUUGAUAACCAUGGAUAUGAAAGGUAUACAGGGCUUAGGUUUCAAGAGGACCUCAAUUUUUACCUGCUGUUCCCAAAACUUUUAUGCAGUUUGUUUAGGGUUCAUUGAAAGGAUUUUGUUACAUGUGUUGAUCCAGACUAAAUUCCCUCAAAUUCUCAAUGUUAGCUAAAUAUAGGCUAUCCAGAAGUCAGAAUAUGAAAAGAUUUUAAAAGACAUGUCCAAAAUGUCAGUCACUGCUGAGAUGUCCAGUGAUAUGGCAGAACUAUGUACUGAUGUUGGUAACAUGGGAGAAAAGAAGUGUUGAUAUUACUGGAGCAAAGGCUUAGUUGGGGUGAAUUAUCAGAGUUAAGUGGAAAGGUGCUGUGAGGAAGUAGAGCUAGAAACUCAAGAGAACUCACUGGAGAAACUCCUUGUAAGAGUGGGGAAAGACAUAAUGGAGAAAACAUCUGCAGAAAGAAAAGGAGUCAAAGCAAUUUGUCUUAUAUAGGGGGACUAUUUGUCCAUAUCAUAACACAGAGGGGAGAGAGACUAUAGAAAGGACAAGAUUAAAGAUCAUGGGUAAUAAGGGAAUUAGUCCGUUCAAUGAAGGGCUGUGAGAAGUCAUAUCCCAUGCUGCUCUCAGACUCACAACUCUUGAACCACAACCUGCGUAAAUAUUUAGCUUUGGAUGCUGACCAUUUUUAUCAAGGUCCACCUAUAUCCCUACUAUUUAAUAUCUCUAUUAUUCCACUCCCCUUAUACUCAGCUUCCUUUCUUCUGGAAUGGCACACUAUGCAUCAAAAAUAUCACGCUACUUCCACUGAUGAAAGUGCAAAUAAGUCAAACUAGAGCUCUGUGGCUCCAUCUUGUAUUAUCCCCUUUCUGUGAUUAUUCAGACACAAAUUUCUUCCAGCCCUUCAAGUUUGUAGGCAUUUGCUAUCUACUCCUCUUACAGGACUUUUACCUCUCCUAAUCCUUCCACCAUGACUCCUAGGAAGCAGCAAACACCACCACAUAUGGAUUUACAGAGAAGACCUGUCUGAUCCCACACAUUGCCGCCAUUUUGAACCAUUCUUGCUUUUGCUCUUUUUAAAGAGACUUUUUAUAUUUAUUUUAUGUGCGUGUGUAUUUUGCCUGCAUUUACGUCUGCAUACCAUGUGCAUGCCUGGUGCCUGUGAAGGUCAGAAGACGGUGUCAGAUCUCCUGGGACUGUAGUUACAGAUAUCUUGAACAUCCAUAUGGAUGCUGGGAAUCAAACUCAUGUCCACUAGAAGAGCCGAACUAUCUUUCCUGCCCUUUGCUUUGACUCUUGAAGGAGCACAAAAAUAUGCCUCUCAAAAUGGUGUCAUUUUGGCAUAAGGAUUAUUUUGAGCUAAAGACAAUUAAGAAUCAAUAGCUGCAGAAAAUUUUUCUAUUCUGCCUAUAACUGCCUGAAAUUAGGAAAUAAAUUUUCCUUUGAGGAAGGUAACCUCUCCUCCAUUCCAAGGUCAGAAGAGUGACUAAUCCCUUAUAGUAAGAAAACACCAAGACAAAUUUGCAUGAAUAGUCAGUUCAUAUUAAAAUACUCUUUAGCAUCCAUUUAUUUCUCCCUGAUUCAUCGCCUAAUCUCUCUCCCAGAAUUUAUCCAUUUAAGUUCAAGCUCUCAUUCCUAUGUUAAGACAGUAUGUAAGCCCCCUGAAUCUAACCUCCUUUAGAGAUUCAUUUCUUUCUGUGAAUAUGUGUAUACACAUAAUAAAAUUUGUGUGUCUUGUA